CUCUCUGAAUAACACUUGUGUUACGUUUGGUAGUGUACGUUAUGUAAUAAUAUCAUUCCUUGCAUAAUUACUUAUUACUAAUAAUUCCUACUACUAUUGUCUAUAUUUAAUCAAUAGUAUAAAUAUAUAAAUUAUUUAAAUAUUUAUUGAAAGUUUCAUAGUUCGGUUAAUUAUUGUACUCUAGGUUGGCUUAAUAACCUUGCAUCGUUAGAAAAUUAUUAUAUUUAAUCAUCUUUAAAAAUAAGUGCAAUCCUUUUUAACGCCUGUUUUAACUACUGUUCACUCCCGUCAUUGUACAAUACUCAUACAUUUCUUCCAUCAUUACCAUUUCUCUUCAAUCUCGCACUGUUAGUGGAUACGUAAUACAGUUUCAAUCGUUUAAACGUUUUACAAUAAUUUGUGCUACAAUCUUGGGAUUCAACACCAACGUCAAAGGAUUGUAGAAUAGGGAAUUUUUCUACCCCUUUAAUACGAAGAAGAUUGUAACAGAGUUCAAAAAAAAGUUGAAAAAGCAAACCAAAACGUGUUAGAAAUUUCGUAUUGUUUUUAUACUCGAUUAGUGAAUUAAACAAGUUGAUUUUAAUGUAAAGAAGUUCUUCGCAAGAAGACAAAACAGCCGCCACCAUUGAGGAAGUUCUAGAUUACGAUUUUGAGUUCAGCGACGAGAACAUGAUGUCCAACGGAUUAGACUCGGGGGUUGUUGGACAACAGAAUGGAGGCAGCGGGGGCCAAGUCGGUGGGGGUCAAGAAGAAUCCAAAACGAAUCUCAUCGUUAAUUACCUACCCCAAACCAUGACACAAGAAGAAAUCCGAUCUUUAUUUUCCAGUAUUGGAGAAGUCGAAAGUUGCAAAUUAAUUCGUGAUAAAGUUACAGUGCCUGGGGUUAUCACUAGUCCAUUGCUUACAGGGCAAUCACUUGGUUAUGGUUUCGUAAACUACCACAGACCAGAAGAUGCAGAAAAAGCAAUUAAUACACUGAACGGAUUAAGAUUGCAGAACAAGACAAUUAAGGUGUCAUAUGCGCGGCCAAGUUCCGAAGCAAUCAAGGGUGCAAACCUGUACGUUUCCGGAUUACCGAAGAACAUGACCCAACAAGACUUGGAAUCUCUGUUUAGUCCGUAUGGUCGUAUAAUAACAUCGCGCAUUUUAUGUGACAACAUAACCGUACGUCAAUUUGUCACGGGGGCCGGAGAGAAUUUGCCUGGCCUGUCGAAAGGAGUAGGUUUCAUCCGUUUUGACCAACGUUUAGAAGCAGAACGAGCAAUUCAAGAACUCAAUGGUACCAUUCCUAAAGGCUCCACCGAACCUAUAACAGUGAAAUUUGCCAACAACCCGAGUAACAACAACAAAGCCAUUCCUCCAUUGGCAGCUUAUCUAACUCCCCAAGCCACUCGCCGUUUCGCUGGCCCUAUCCACCACCCAACGGGACGAUUCAGGUAUUCUCCGCUGGCCGGAGACCUGCUGGCCAACUCCAUGCUACCCGGAAACGCUAUGAACGGUUCCGGUUGGUGCAUUUUCGUAUAUAACCUCGCUCCAGAAACAGAAGAGAAUGUUCUCUGGCAGUUGUUUGGCCCGUUCGGAGCCGUCCAGAGCGUCAAAGUGAUCCGUGACCUGCAGACGAACAAAUGUAAAGGUUUCGGCUUUGUCACGAUGACCAAUUAUGACGAAGCCGUGGUAGCCAUCCAGUCGCUAAACGGUUACACGCUGGGUAACCGUGUCCUGCAGGUCAGCUUUAAAACGAAUAAAAGUAAAACUACAUAGAGCGACGUUUAGUCAACACCAGCGCACUUGCCGGACGCUGCGCAUACGUCGCCAAUAUUUAAACAUUAUUUAUUAUUUAUUGUUCACUGUUCGUGUAAAUUAUACGGGCUCUAUAUAGGUAAUUUAAUACGAUGGUGUGCGACAGCGAUCGGCAGGAACGGGGGCGCCCGCCAAAAGCGCACCUCCCUAUUUAAUAACUUAGUACUUAUAAAAAGAUACGAAGCUAGUCAGAAGUGCAUUCGCGUUUCCUAAUAGCAAAGAUUUCUACGGUCUGAUGUUUUUUAUUUAAUGUCUAUGAAAUUUGUGCCAUCACCGUUAAUUGACAUGUUGGGAACUCGCCCAAAGAUUCAUAAUAGCUAAACAAUAUAUAUUUACAUAUAGUAUUUAUUAUUGUAUAAUUUCGUAAUUACUUUCAAAAUGUAAUUGGUUAGUAUAAUUUAUGUAUUUAUAUGUAGUGUUUUGUGUAUUUCUUAAAUUGAGACUAGUCGCAUCAACGGCUACGCACGCUCUCAAAAUGAGUUUGGAGUUUGGUGGCGUUGUACCGUUGUAUUUGUAAUUUGUGUUCACGGACGGCCGUCGCGGCGAGGGUUGACUAUAAAUAAAUAAAUUACAUAGAAAUAUAAAUAUAUAUAUAUAAUUGAUUAGUUAUGUCUGCAUGUGAUAGGUGAUGGGCACCAAACUACAUGUUAAUAAAAUUAUAGGUUUUACGGUUUCACCACCAGUUAGACAUUUUAUAUCGGACUAUGCUGAAAAGCGUGACUGACUAGACGCGGACGCAGACGCGGCAUGGACGACUGAAAAUCAGUCACACCCUCACCGCAUCGGUGCUCCGUACAUUCUUAUUGUGUGUUGUGUUUAGUUUCACGUUUACCGGAUUUCUAACCACCUCAGCUUUCUGAUAGGAAGAAUUUGCGUGGUUUUGCUUUGAAAUGCCAUCAAGUAAGCGACGGCAAUGCUUUAGCGAGACCACAACUGUCCCAUUAAUUUAUUAUUUAUUUAUGAUUUAUUUUAUUUUUGGUUUUGAGGACGAAACGGACGUUUCGUACCGGUUUUGACUUAUAGUUUGUUAAUUUAGUUUUUGAUUAUUUUAACGACUUGGUUCAUUUCUUUAUUUUCAAUAUAAACCGAUUAAAAUUUACUUUUGAUUUUGUUUUAAUUUUUGGUUUCAUUACAAUUACAUUUCCUCUGUUGUGAUGUCUCACGGUGUUCGCUGACGUCGAUGCAACUUGCUACUACGCAUUGCACAAGCGACGCGACUACCGCGAGGAUAUCGAUCGCGGAGGUCGCGCCGCCUCUAACCACCUACAGACUAACCAGCCACUUCCACUAAAGAAUCACUUUAUUUUUAUAAAACACUCGUACCUUGAGAUCGGAUAAUAAUGAGUAUAUCGAUACAUACUAUUUUAUAGAGCAUGCUAUUAACAAUGGCAGAUUGUGUUUUGGCAUUUUGAUCUGGACCAUUGCCACUUCAUUAUACGUUUACGUAUUGCAUGUAUCGUCGGUUUGAUAAAUAAGCGAAACGCACACGCCCGCCCGGCAGCGCAGAAUACGAACAUGUACAUAGAAAUUAUAAGUUUGAUCGAACUAGGCAAAUAAGUACAAUUAUAAGGCGAGACUUGUAGCUUUAUUGAGGGGCAAUCGAAACUAACGAUUAGCAACCAGGCGAGGGAGUGCAGCGGACUUAUUACUAUACUAACUAGUACCAGUAGAAAAAUUUUAAACGGACCUCUAUCGACAAUUUGGAACUCAAAACCGAACACACGAACCAAACUCGAAAAACGACGCAACCCCAAUAAUAAUACGCUGACAUACUUAACACGUACGUACUAUUAAUAUUAUAAGAAGUAGCAGAAGCGCGUUCUAAAGCGGUGCCAGAUGAUGCACUGUUCCGAAACUAUACGCCGAAACAACGCCGCUUUAGAAUGCACCAAUUUUUUCAUUUAUUUUUAUUAACGAUAUUACGUAACCACCUCAAUGACACUGCGGGUUCUCUUUGUAAGCAGUUUUGAUUAUUAGCAACUCAAACCGCCGAAUGAAAUUCGAUACACUUGUGUGUAAACUAUACGCUUUAAUCAAUAAUAAAACGAACCGAAACUAUGACAUUGUUUCGCACAAUUUUGGCUGACUAUUAUUCGACUUUUAAUUUAUUUAAGUACAUAUUUAAAGGAAAAAUUCGCUUUUUUUUGGCUUGAGACAACGAACCACUACUACUCAUCUUUGCCACAUUUCCAUGGUGAGUACCUCGACUAACUGAUUAAAUCAUUGCGCGUGACAAUUCAAAAAAUUAACACCAAAACAAUUCAAUCAUUUUCUGUACAAAACUGCUUCACGGGACCACAAAACGCCAGGAUUUGCUUAAAUAUUUCAAACAUAUCAUUUUCGUCAAUAAAAAAACGCACAAUUGGGAAAAGUGUUUUUGAGGUCGUUGCGUAAAUCGCGUGUUUUCGGUUUUGUGGUUGGAAUUUUGAGUCGGUUUGAAAAGUAAAAAAAAUAAUAAUCGGGAUAAGAAUGAGACAAAUGCCCCUCGUUUGUGAUAGCCGGGCCUAUUUGCGGGGGGCUCCCGAGGUCCAAUCGGGCGCGGUCUGAUGUUAUAUAUAUAUAUAUAGGCGGACCGGAAAAAGACCGCGACCAUCGCCGCGAACUCCAUACUCCACUGCAAACGCGUACGGGUCGACGUACAAUCUUAUAUUGUAUACAGUCUAAGUCAGUAAACAGUUAGUGUUCCGAGCACAAACUAGUGACGUAGGUGAUGUUAUUGGUUACUCUGGCCUAAAUCGAAACUCGUGUAGACUAAUUCCAUUUACAGAACAACGAUCUAUUUCAAAUGAUAUUAUAUGUCUAUCAGCAAUGCUUGUUUACCAUUCUUAGCUUCUAUUUGGCUAGCCAUUUGCUAAAUAUACCGCUUAACUUUUUUAAUCAUUGUAUAUUAAAUUGAUAUUAUUCUGAUUAUUAUGUAUUAUUACUUAUUACGAGAUAUUCUAUUAUGGUCAUGAUUGAUUAUUAAUUAUUAUGGAUUACGUAUAUCACUAUUACGUAUCUCUCUACAUAAGGGUUAUCUCUUUGUGUGUUGUGUAGAUCUCUAGCGUAAGUGUAACAUAGUACAUAUUCCUAUUGGUUACUUUCUCUAUGUGUGUAGCUGUUGUGUUGCGGGCGGGCGACCCGGCGAAAUGGGCGCCGUAACGCCAACGCCGAGACGCUCGCCCUGGAUGCGGGUUCGCCCAAUCCCGCCCGGCGCCAAGCAGGGCUAUAGCUCAAAUAUUGUUGUGACGAGAUGCAUUCCAUUAUUAAAAAACCACUGAUUGAUAUAUACAUAUAUUAUAUACUCAUACUUAUAUUCUAUCUGUUUUGAUAAAAUGGUGGUUAUUAUUAUUAUAAAUAUCGAGUGCAAAAGUUAUAUGUACAGAGGUUAUAUUAUUAGGAAGUACAGUACCUCAUAAACUGUAAUUCAUGCAAUAACUUAUUAUAAGAAAGUUCUUAUUACAAUAUACUUAGCUUUAGAAUAAGAGGCGAGGUUUGUAAGAUCUUUUGCUCUCUACUACCUUGCGGCGGAGGGUCGCGCUGGCGCGGACGCGUUGCGCGUUCGGCUCGGCCGUCCGUCUUCCCUCCUGGUGCCGCGAGUCUUCUAAAAAAGGACAACUAAGGACUGUGGAGUCAGCUAGCAGCUAGCAACUAGCGUUGUGCUGUCGGAUCCCGGCAAGGAUGGAAGGUGAAGUGAUCAAGUCAAGAAGUAUUCAAGUGACGAUGACGACAUAUCAACAGACCGACUCCCGAUACGGUGCACCCAUCAAGCCCUGCUGAUGGAACUGAACUGAUUCACUAAUAAAUAUUACCGAAAACUAAUUUAAUAGCCGAGCAACCGUUCUAGUAGUCGUACAUCACAUAAUGAAAAAAAUAACAAUAAUUUUAAAAACAAUUUACCAAAACAUCGUACUAGUAAUAGUAGUAGUAGGAAGCCGCGGCGAGGAUCGCAGACUACACCUACUUACUACCAACAAAGGUCAGAUCUCUGUGUUUCCAACUUUUAGUUACGUUUACUUAUUAUUAUACUUAAUAUUAAACUGUUCAUUGUCUUUUAUUGCUUAUUGUCCAGUGUCACAUGCUGCAUUUGUGUGUAUUAUUGUCAUUUGGUGGUUAUUUGUAAUCUAUACCUAUUUAUUGUAUCAGUAAUUGAUAUUAGAUAUUGAGUAUUAGUUGAAUCGCCGUAGAGAUUCGGGAAUUGUAUUCAGCAGACGGCAAACGAUCUCCGUGCAGUGUUUAGUUAUUUGAUUGAUUGAUGUCGAUUAGCUUGUUUCGGGUUUGCUUCGAUUCGGUUCAGAUUCACAUUCGAUUGGGUUUCUUUACGAGAAGGCUGUGGAAGCUGGGAACCAGGUCAUCGGAUAGUGCGAACAGUAGGCUAAAAUAAUAAGUACACUGGCACUGGACACUGGCAAAUACUAAGUAUGCAAGUGUAAUCGCAUCGCCAUUGCGUUGCAGUCAGGACAACUCUUAAUAUUACACACAAUGUUAUUGUGUAUUCCAGGCUAGAAGUCGGUGUAAUGCAAUAUUUGUACUUUUCCAUGUUGACAAAACUCAAUACAAUAAAGUAUAAAAGCUACAUUUACAUUGGGUUCUAAUCAUUCCCUUCAAAGUUACUAUCUACUAUUUCGAUUUUGUAAUAUAUCGUAUGUAUAAAAUAGAUCUGAUACAUUUACGACUA